CAACACUACAUAAAAAAUAUCUCCGUCGAACUCUUUGGUCGGCUUCACACCAUCGGGGAUUGGAAAUUGGGGAUUUAGGGUUCCAGUUCUACGAUUCGCCCUCAAUUCCGAUCGAUUCUUGCGAGAAUUAUCUCGAAAUGAUCGGAUUUGAUGGUCAGGAGCAUGUUUUUAGUCGAUUAGCGUUUGAUUCCGACGAUUGAUUUCGAGAUCGGUAGAGGUAUUGAGAGGGAGUUCUUCAGUCGCUGGAGGUUAGGGUUUCUUGUCGGAGAUGGAGCAGGAGAGCCAGAAGAGAGAUGUUGAGGAGACGGAGUUCCAGGCACCGAGCAUGCCCAUCAGCUGCGCGAACAAGUGUGGCUUCUUCGGUAAUCCGGCGACGAACAACCUAUGUUCCAAGUGCUAUAAAGAUGCCUUCUUGACCAAAACCAUGGCGUCGAUCGAGACCCUGAUGGCAUCUCCAGCCGCAGAGCCUGAGAAGACCGACGAGAUACCGGAUACGGAUGAUAAAGUUGAGAGCUUUGAAGGGAGUUCGGUGGGAGAGGCGAGUGGUUCGGCGAAGAAGCCGGGGAACCGGUGUGGCUUUUGCAGCAAGAAGGUGGGGCUGAUGGGGUUCAAGUGCCGCUGCGGCGAUUUGUUCUGCUCCUCCCACCGCUACUCGGAUAAGCACAAUUGCGUCUUUGAUUACAGGGGCGCUGGCCGGGAAGCUAUCGCGAAGGCAAACCCUGUGGUGAAGGCCGACAAAGUGGAGAAGAUUUGAUGCAUGGUUUCUGAAUAAACUUGGUAUGUGAUUGCAAACUUCAUUGCAUUGACAUUGGUAUUGGUAUUGGUAUUGGCAUUGCCAUUGGCAUUGGCGUUGGCAUUGGAAAUGAUGAUGAUUUAUGGGAAUAAUUUCGUAGCUGUUUAUGCGCUUGCUUUGAUUGGAUUUGUGCUGGGCUUAUUAUUGUACAGGUUGACUGUUGUUUAGAAUUUUCGGUGUUGGAGUUCUUCCUUAUCUUGUAUUGCAAUAUGCAUUGUCUGCUGUACUUUGGCUCUAUUAAUUAAAUUAUUGUUAUAUACUGCUGCUUUGAUUCUUA